AUAGCUAACUAUAUAUAUAUAUAUAUAUAUUUUGUUAGCUACGUAUCAGAUCAAAUAAUCUCUGAUCUGAUACACACGCCUCCAUCCCUAUUGGAAUUGUGCUACAGUUGUAAUCUCUUCUUUCGACCUCUGCCCCAUAACAUCAAACCACACAGUUCAGGACAGUUUUACAGGCAGAGCAACUCAGGGUUUUUGUAGGGACAAGAGGAAGAAAUGGCAUUAAUUCGGAGAAGCGCAGGGUUAUCGAUGGUUGCUGGUAGUAGAAUAUUACACACGGGGAUUGCCGCAGGCAUGGCGGAGGCACAGGGCUCUUCUUCCUUGUCGGCGGUCACACCGAAGCCGGCAGCCGCAGAAUACGUAAUAUCGAAGAUUGAUGCGCUGGUGAAUUGGGCUCGGAAGGGAUCGCUUUGGCCCAUGACGUUCGGCCUGGCGUGCUGUGCAGUGGAGAUGAUGCACACGGGGGCUGCACGCUAUGACUUGGACAGGUUCGGUAUCAUUUUCAGGCCCAGCCCUAGACAGUCCGACUGUAUGAUUGUCGCUGGCACUCUCACCAACAAGAUGGCACCUGCCCUUCGCAAGGUGUAUGAUCAAAUGCCAGACCCACGUUGGGUUAUUUCUAUGGGUAGCUGUGCCAAUGGUGGAGGUUAUUAUCACUAUUCAUAUUCUGUUGUGCGUGGCUGUGAUCGAAUUGUUCCUAUUGAUAUAUAUGUUCCAGGAUGCCCUCCUACUGCAGAGGCUUUGCUUUAUGGUCUGCUUCAGUUGCAGAAGAAAAUUCAUCGGCGCAAGGAUGUUCUUAUGUGGUGGACUAAGUAAGAUAUCUGUUGAAGGGUAAAUGACACUAUGUCGUUCCAUUAAAGAACAUGCUUAGAGAAAUGUUCAAUCAGAUAUGCUGUAAUAAGCAUAAGAUAUGCUGAGCUCUUAAGAAUUUUUAUUGAUCUGUAGUCUAGGAUAUCUCAAUUUCUAUUGUGAUUGUGUGAAAAUUUGGUAGCUACAAUAAGAAUAAAGCUAUAUAAGUUCUGGUUA